ACUUUAUUCUUUUGGAAGAUGAAAAAUUUGACUUCGAUCUUUCCUUGUCUUCUUCAAGCGCAAAUGAAGAUGACGAAGUAUUUUUUGGGCCUGUUGGACAUAAGGAAAGAUGCAUUGCUGCCUGUUUGGACUUAAACCGCCAGGCUCCUGAGCAGCCUCUUGUCCCAGGCUCUGGCAGCCCUUGCACCUGGAGCCCUCUCACGGGGGAGAAGUUUGUAGAGGUGUACAAAGAAGCCCACUUACUGGCCUUACAGAUAGAAAGUCACAGCCGAAGAGAGGUGGCCCAGGCUUCCAAGCCCAAACAUCCUGUCAACCAGGGCAAGGAAACUUUUGUGCAGGACUCACAGUUAAAAAUAAGCCUCUUUGAGAAAGAACAGGAGAGAGACAAAAGUCCCGUGUCACUUAAAAGAGAGACAUUCUGCCUGCCGUCCUCGAGAGCGCAACCUCUCUUGGGGGAGCCCCAGCUCCUGGCUUCUCCAGGCCUGCUCAGCUCCCCUGCCCCAGCAGGUCCUGUUCAGACCCAGAGCAACCAGGGUCUGCCCUGUUCCUCUCAGCCAUUGCCAAGAGAAUCAAGUACCUCCCAGCCUCCAAGUCAGCCUGGACCUCAGAGGAGGAUCACCAGCAAGCUACAGCCACCUCGAGCUUUACCUGUGAGAGGAAGAACUUUUCACCUGGCUACAGAGAAGCCCAAAAAGGAGGUGCCAGCCAGCCUUCAGAGGGCGAAACUCCUGAAUGAGAAGGGAUCGCAGAGUGAUGUGCCCCUGGACAAGCCCAGCACGGCUCCUGAAGCUGCCAGUAGAGAAGGCCGCCCAGGCAAGCGGUCACUCCCCAUUCCUGGCAAGUUGGGGCCGAAGAAGACUCUGUUAAAGCCACCUGGCUACACUGGCAAUCUCACAAGGAAGUCGUCUACCUCAGGGUCUGCUUCAGGCCUCGGGUCUGGUGUAUGUGGGUCUUCAGUAGCAGGCAAAGCAAAGUCCAGUGAACUUUCAAGUAUUCCUGCUAGCAGCUCCCAGCGUCGGUCAGGCACCAGCAAGUUGGGCAGAAUAGGACCCGCCACGUCACACCAGGCUUUGCCAGCAGCCCCUGCCAGAGCAUUUUGCAGACAAGCCAAAAGGGCUGACACUGCCCAGACGGUGGCUGAGCAGCCCAAGGUCCCCACCCCGAGUCCUCUUACCCAACAACCCCAGACUCCAGAGCAAAGAGGACCAAGGCUGGACUCCGACACUGAGACAUCUCAGUUGAAUAAAACUGUCAGCAUUAAACGACCGGACUCCUAUCUGAGCUGCAAGACAGAGGCCGUGUCUACCACAGCAAACCCAUUUAAAGUGCCCCAGUGUUCUGUUGGCGAGUCACCUGAUGGAGUUACCCCGAAGUUCUCACGGACACAUCGGCUGCAGUCCAGGACACCAGCUAGCAGGGUGGUCAGCAGCACUCCUGUGAGACGCUUAUCAGGGCUCACUCCACAAGGCCUGCCCAGCAGUGUGAGGACCCCUCUGAGCACAAGACGGAUGUCAGCAUUGCCCACACCUGCCAGUCGGCGUCUCUCCGGCCUUCCAUUAAUGGCACCUCAGUCCAUGCCCAGGGCUCUGGUGUCCCCACUGUGUGUGCCUGCCCGGCGACUCUCUUCUGAGCCCAGGAGAAGAUCUACAGUCAGAGUGGAGCUGACGCAGGAGAGCCCCAGCAAUGGCAGUGGUGGACAGGGCCAGGGCCUGUCCUCAGAUGAGAGCUCUUCCCCUCCAUCCACCGUGCCUCAAGCACUUACCUUUUCUCCAGAGAAGAUUGACUUUCCUCCUUCCCAAGCCUCCUCCACAGGAGCAGCUCAGGGUGAAGCAGAGCUUCGUGAAGACAUGCACCCCAGUGAGGGUCUUCUAGACAUCAAGCUGGACCAGCUCACCAUCACUCCUGAAGCAGGAGGCAGAGACCUGGCUGACUGCCCUCUCAUUGACUUCAGCAACACCCCUGAGUCAAACAUGGCUUUGGGACCUAGCAGCCGGCCCCUGAUUGACCUCAUAAUGAACACUCCAGACAUGGGUAGAAAUGAUGUGGGGAAGCCUCCAAAGGCUGAGCUCGGCCAGCUGAUCGACCUGGGCUCCCCCCUGAUCCAUCUGAGCCCUGAGGCUGACAAAGAAAAUGUGGAGUCACCACUUCUCAAGUUCUGAGCAGGACACGGCCCUUUGCUGUUUAUUCUGUUUCCUUCUGUUAUGGCCUUAGACCUGUAGAAGCAGAUAUUAGAAGGAAUUGUAUUUGAUAGGGGGAAGCCCAUUAUACUGCUUAUGUCUGAGUGGUGGGGUCCCCACUCUGGACCUCUGUGGCUGUCCUGAUCCCUGCCUUUCACCAGGCUAAAACACAGCUCGCUAAAAAAUUUGUUUUGAUUCUUUUGUAUGUAAAAUAGCAGAUGACUGUAAACUUAAAUUUGUUUGAAAUUUAAAUAUUCUAGAUUUAAAUUAAAUUAUAAAGUGUGUUAAA